GCCAUUGUCACAGGAGCUGGGAAGGAGAGACUGGGAUUUGUGGAGGAGGGGGUGCAAUCCCAGACUGCUUCCCCCGGAGGUGAUGAAGAGAAAGCUGUGGCCCCGGUGGAGCUGGGACAGUAAGAGGAUGCUGACUUGUGUCCGGGAGCCAGUUCGACAGGAGCUGACUGCAGCGGCGAUGGGGUGUUCUGCUGCUCCUGGCCAGCAGGAGGCACCGGACAUGGCUGAGACAGUCCCUGAGCAGCCUGGGGAGUUGCUAGUUGCUGGAACUGGGGAAGAGGAGGAGGUGUACAUUUGCUCGGUGUGUGGGCGCGGUGUGACCGGGGCAUCGCCAUUCUCCUUGCACCAGAGGGUCCACGCCAGCCACUGCUGUGCCACCUGUGGCAAGGGUUUCAGCCGCUCGUCCAACCUAGCACGCCACUGCCGCACACACGCCCUCCAGCCAGCGCAUGGCUGCCCGUGCUGUGGCAAAUGUUUCCGCCAGGCCUCCGACCUCCGACGGCACCGGCUGGUGCACACUGGGGAGCGCUGGCACCGGUGUGGCGAGUGUGGCAAGUCCUUCACCCAGUCAUCCAACCUGGCACGGCACAGGCGCAUCCACACCGGGGAGCGGCCCUUCCGGUGCCUGCUCUGCGGCAAGGACUUCAACCGGAUGUCGAGCCUGGAGCAACACCAGCGCGUCCACACUGGCGAGAGGCCCUUUCGGUGCCUGCUCUGUGGCAAGGGCUUCAACCAGUCCUCCAAUCUCUCACGGCACCGGCACAUCCACCGCCGGCAUUGGGCAUGCCAUCACCGCCGGCACUGGGCCCUCGGCCCAUCCGACCAGGACACUCUGCCAUGAGAACAUACCACCAGAGCCAACACUCACCAGAAACAACACCAAUGCCGAGCCCCCAUCAGAACUGACACCAACACUGAACCCCACCAGAACCGACACCAACACCGAGCUCCCACCAGAACCGACACCAACACCGAGCCCAAACCAGAACCGACACCAGUACUGAGCCCCCACCAGAACCAACACCAACACCGGGCUCCCACCAGAACCAACACCGAGCCCCCACCAGAACCAACACCAACACCGAGCACCCACCAGAACCAACACCAACACCGAGCCCCCACCAGAACCAACACCAACACUGAGCCCCCACCAGAACCAACACCAACACCGUGCCCCCACCAGAACCGAUACCAACACCGAGCCCCCACCAGAACCGACACCAGUACUGAGCCCCCACCAGAACCAACACCAACACCGGGCUCCCACCAGAACCAACACCGAGCCCCCACCAGAACCAACACCAACACCGAGCCCCCACCAGAACCGACACCAGUACUGAGCCCCCACCAGAACCAACACCAAUACCGAGCCCCCACCAGAAUCGACAUCAACACCGAGCCCCCACCAGAACCAACACCAACACCGAGCACCCACCAGAACCGUCACCAACACCGAGCCCCCACCAGAACCAACACCAACACCGGGCUCCCACCAGAACCAACACCGAGCCUCCACCAGAAUCGACACCAACACUGAGCACCCACCAGAACCGACACCAACACCGAGCCCCCACCAGAAUCGACACCAAUACCGAGCACCACCCCAGAACUGACACCAACACCGAGCUCUCACCAGAACCGACACCAACACCGAGCCCCCACCAGAACCGACACCAGUACUGAGACCCCACCAGAACCAACACCAACACCGGGCUCCCACCAGAACCAACACCGAGCCCCCACCAGAACCAACACCAACACCGAGCACCCACCAGAACCAACACCAACACCGAGCCCCCACCAGAACCAACACCAACACCGAGCCCCCACCAGAACCAACACCAACACCGUGCCCCCACCAGAACCGAUACCAACACCGAGCCCCCACCAGAACCGACACCAGUACUGAGCCCCCACCAGAACCAACACCAACACCGGGCUCCCACCAGAACCAACACCGAGCCCCCACCAGAACCGACACCAGUACUGAGCCCCCACCAGAACCAACACCAACACCAACACCGGGCUCCCACCAGAACCAACACCGAGCCCCCACCAGAACAAACACCAACACCGAGCAUCCACCAGAACCAACACCAACACCGAGCCCCCACCAGAACUGACACCAAUACCGAGCCCCCACCAGAAUCGACAUCAACACCGAGCCCCCACCAGAACCGUCACCAACACCGAGCCUCCACCAGAAUCGACACCAACACUGAGCACCCACAAGAACCGACACCAACACCGAGCCCCCACCAGAAUCGACACCAAUACCGAGCACCACCCCAGAACUGACACCAACACCGAGCUCCCACCAGAACCGACACCAACACCGAGCCCCCACCAGAACCUACACCAACACCAAGCCCCAUGAGAACCGACACCAAUAUCGAGCCCCCACCAGAACCAACUCCAAGCCCCCACCAGAACUGACACCAACACCGAGCACACACCAGAACCAACACUGAGCCCCACCAGAAACAAAACCAACACCAAGCCACCACCAGAACCGACAUCAACACCGGGGUCCCACCAGAACCGACACCAAGCCCCCACCAGAAACAACACUGAGCCCCCAUCAGAACCGAUACCAACACUGAGCCCCCACCAAAACCAACACUGAGCCCCCAUCAGAACCGAUACCAACACCGGGCUCCCACCAGAACUGACACCAACACGAAGCUCCCAUCAUAACCGACACCAACACCAAUCCCCGAGC